UGGAGGGACGUGAGAUCCACGAAACAAGUUGGCCGUGUAGUCGAUUUCAAAAGAUUUCUCUGCUGUCUGCUGGCAGUGCUUAAACGACCUUUAUAAAGUUGGUCUGAAACUCGUUUGUUUAUUUCCUACAUAGUUGUACGAACCGUGACCGGCUAUCGUAACUAAAACUAUGAGAAACGAGUUCUCAAGACGGCAAGUGAUCUCAUUCUCAGCAAAAUUGCCAGUCUGAAGAUCACGUCAGUGUUUCAACGAGAGCUCUUCUAUUUGUAGUGCUGUCAGGAUUCGGAGAAGAAUAGCAUCGAUCCAGACGACUCAAGGAAGCGAUAGUUUUGUCUCCCGGUGGGAUUUUUUCAGUCAUUCGACGUGACAAAGUGCACAUUUGAGUGAACUUCGGCAUCAGGAUUAUAAUUCUAAAUUUUUUAAGCCCGUCGUCGUCCAUUGCGAUUUAGUCGCUCGUUGUAGAUAUUUCGUCGACCCAUCUGUCAUUUUUUAGAAUUGAAAAAAAAUGGAGAACGAAGCAGAAAAGAAAUUUUUUCGUUUGCAACACAUCAUUCCGAGGAGCCUGUCAGCCGCUUCCGUGAAAGUUAGUGCUGGUUCAUCGCCAAUCAGGGAAACCGUGUCGGCAAAUGCUAACCCUGAGGAAUUCGUCUUCAAAAUGACUUAUGGAAAUGUAGCAGGCAAAAUUUGGGGUCCCCCCGACGGACACCCCGUGUUGGCACUUCACGGCUGGCUAGAUAACGCUGGCACUUUUGAUACCUUGAUACCUCUACUGCCACCAAACUUACGAAUAGUUGCUGUCGACACCGCCGGACAUGGAUUGAGUGACCCUUUUCCUCCUGACAUUGCUUAUAAUUUUGUUGACAGUGUGCUUGGCAUCGAACGAUUAGCCAGACACUUCAAAUGGGACAAAUUUUCGUUGAUAGGACACAGUUUGGGCGGUGCCAUGGCUAUGAUGUAUGCCGGAAUUUACCCAAAUAAGGUGGAUAAGCUCGUAUGUCUCGAUGUCGUCCGCGUUAUUCCUACUAAAACCGAAACGAUUCAUCUCCGAUUGCAAAAAGCGACCCAUAAAUUGCUCAAGCUAGAAAAUGCCAUCAUUGCAGGUCCGGAAACACCUGUGAGUUAUGCAAUGGCUGUCGAGAGAUGCGUUCUUGGGACAUUUGGAUCCCUUGACGAGAAAGCGUGCGAUGUUCUCUUCAAAAGAGGACUGAAGAAGGUCGAAGAAGACGGAUAUGUUUUUACUCGAGAUCGACGACUCUUGGCCGCUCCACUGUCGUUCAUCGCCAAAGAGCACCAACUCUUUUUAGCUCAUAAAGUAACAGCUGAUGUUUUAAUUAUCAAAUUUUCGGAGGGACCUUAUUUUGAGACCCCGGAAGAUUAUGAAGAACAUAUUGAAGCACUAAAAACUAGUUCCAAACGUGUUCAAUAUGUCACCGUCGAUGGCAUGCAUCACACUCACCUGAGAAAUCCCGAAUCCGUUGCCCCAAUUAUUUCCGAUCUUUUCAAAGAUCUCUAAAUGUUUAUAUGUAUCAUUAUAACUCAAAUCACUUAUUCAGUUUAAAUAUUGUAUAUCCAUCCUAGUGUAGGACAAUUAACUUGGUUCUUAUUAUCAAAUAAAUUUUUUUGUUGGGGGUUGAUGAAACAAUUGAAUUUCAAA